CAACUGACCACUUCCAUCUUUGUCUUCCUCUACCGCGCAUAAGCCCUGAGCUGCCCGGUAGGAACAAUCAGAGCACGAUGAAGCGAUCGGUCCUCCGACAGAACGAGCGGUAUCAGCUUAGCUACGAACUACCGCAUGAAGCAUUCACCUCGCACGUCUAUCCGCGGCAGUCUUCCAACGGUUCGACGGUGAUAAUCUAUGGACAUGAACAAGGCUUGCGUCUUGUAUGGUACGGAGGAAAGCGAUUCAAGCCACAAAAGAAGGACGCGCCGCCUGCGAAAGUGAAUGGAACCUCCAAAAACGAUGCCAUGGUCAUUGACCUCGACGACGACGAUGAGGAGGAAGAAUCAUCCGCGAAACAAGACAAGAUCCCACCUGCGGAGUUUGAAGACUACGAGGAUGAAGUCGAUCCAUAUGCGCCAUAUCGAGAUGUGCUCCGUCACGUCGACAUCCCCCUAGAGUCAGCAGCCUUGCGCAUAGCAACACCUCAUAUACCCAAGGACCUUUCCCAGGCCCCAACCGAGUCAUGGCCUUCUACCUAUCACGGUCGAAUAAUCAUCGCUGCUGCCUGUGCGGAUCACAGCAUAAGCAUAAUAUCCGCUCCCCUCGAUCCCCCUUCACCGGAAGUCGAGGUGGAGGAUGUCUCUCGACUUGACGUGCAGACCGUGCGAAUCUUCGGUGUAAAGACUCAUCCAGAAUUCAUCUCCGAUGUUGCAGUCACUCAUACCGCAUCAAGUUCAGACAAGCCAGAAGAUGACCAAGUGCAAUCACGGGCCGGCAACGAAACCAAGGGACAAUCGAAGCAGAAGUCCAUCGAGUCAAGUUCUCAACAAUGGGCCCUUCUUGUUGCUUCGGUAUCAUGUACCGGCUCCGGGUUAUUACUGGUACAUCAGAUCCCGAUCCAAAGCAACGGCCGAUUGUCUACAGAUGCGGCACAUACGGAGCCAAUCCGCAAACAGUACCUACGCUCUUCCGCCAUGAGCGCAAAGGUGACUUUCAACACCUGUCCCUACCCCGCCGAACGACAUUCUACUCUUCUCAUCACGCUCCCCGCUGCAUCGUGUAGCAAAGUUUAUCAAGUGUUCCCACCACAUCUUAGGGAACGCAGAGGCUCUACAGCAACAACAGACACCGUUUUGAGCGGUCGAUCUUCACGCACAUCUCCCGGCGAAAAUGGAAAGUUCCUGAUCACUUUCCUCCCUUCAUUUAUUCAAGACAAUGCAACAGCCGAACCACGAAGGAAACGUGUCCUUGACGCCCAAUGGGUAUCUGGGGGUCGAGCCGUGAUCGCUCUUCUGGAGGACGGAGAAUGGGGCAUAUGGGAUCUUGAAGCGGUUGGACCAACGUCGGGUGGCGCAGGGAACAAUCUACUCAAGGGCCAAGGAAACAUCUCAGGAAUCCAUGGGGGAUCAAUGACGGCUUUCGCCGUUCGAUCCAACAUUUUCGCUUCUUCGACGGAGAGAAAACAGAAAUCAAUUGACCAGGGAAACCAACCUACGACCGGAUCUCUGGCGCUCAUGACCCCAUCGAGACGAAAAACACGAUCAGAGAACCUGUUCCAUGGACAAACAGCAGAGAACCCCACCGCAAAAGCAUACAGCCAAAAAGGCAGCAUUUACAUUGAAGACAAGCUGUCCAAUCGAGGCCGUGAUGAGCUUGCCGUCAUCAACUACGCCGACGUUAAUGUUUAUGUUCCAUCUGUGCUUUCGUUCUGGAAGUCAGAGGGCAAACCAACCCGUCUCCCCCCUGUCAUAUACGGAGGUCAACAACCUCGUUCCAUCAGUCUGCUCCCGAAACCAAGCAACAACGAUAAGGCCGUCUCGCCUGGUUUAUUUGGGGUUCCGACAUCCACCCCUGAUUUCCUUGUUCAAACCGACCAUCGUCUAAUUCUGUCAUUGGACCCUCUGUCUGAUACUGCUGAUGCGCCCACACAGACACAAAUCACCGCCCAUCCGUAUUCAGAUCAAGCCCUCCUGGCCACUGGUGAACUGGACGUGGACGGCAUGGAAAGAAUUCUCGAGGAUAUGGGUGGUGCCGCGAAAUCCAAGCCGAUGAACCUCUUCACUAAGAGUGUUGGGUUCCGGAUUGAUCAAGACAGGGAUGACCAGGAUGUCGACAUGGGUUCACCCACACCGUCAAAGUUCUCGAGAUCUAGAAACGCACCGUUGCAGAGGCGCGUUUUUACCUAGACUUUGCUACCUUAUUACUGCAAACCAGUCUAGUUACCCAUGUCUGGCACUACAGCGACUGGAUAUGUCAGCACUAAGCAGAUCAAUGAAUUUGUCGCGAACAGACUGUUCACCUGCGCGACCGGACGCUCUUCUACAGCACAUGUCAACAGUUGACUGGACCUCCACCAUGUCCGGCGUCAGUUUUGUUUGAACACUAGCAGUCAGCGCUUUUUCGACGGUCCCAUGGGUAUCAGCGACAACCUGUGCGCAAACUGUGCCACGAAACCCAGGAGGAAAAAAGGCAGCCGAAUAUUCCAACAAUCCCGAGUCCAGCCAGCAAAAACCAGAGAAAAAGCUUGAUACCAUCAGCCUCUCUUCCUGUUAGAUUCAUACAUCACAAAUCAGUUCAUGCAGCAGCCCUUUUUGCCUGCAGUCCCUCCAAUCGAAGCAACCGGCCUUCUUCUUCGCUCUGCUCAUUUCUUUUUCAAGCACUUCACUACACAAGCCCGAGUUCUGAUCCAUCAUCUAGCACACUUCCACUCCGCCAGUCUGAAGGUCUGCGUAUCAGGCAAACACACCUUACGCACCAGUUUUGAUCAUCUGGCCCCGUCUCUUUUUCGCUAUAUUAUUUCUCAUUUCGAGCCAUCCGCCCUUGUCCUUGUCCCCAUUCCCUCCUCCCCCCUCAAUAUCCCUAUAGACCCUGACCCCCUCCCAAUCGCGAUGCAAGGUGGAGCCCAAGGCGAGUAUCAAUACCUUGGUUUUUACAGCUCAGUAUUCCUCGCGAGAAAUCAAACUACCCACAAAGCAUCCCUUCAGGAAAAACGGAAAGAAAACCCCGAAACCCGAACUUGUCAGUUUCGUCCCGUGGGUUUUCUUUCUCCUCUUGAUUGUCUUUCAUCUAUCUCCCCCUUGAUUCCAUUUCCUCCUUCAAGAAGAAAAGAAAAAGGGGGAUGAAGGAGGGAACAUUUCAUCUACUACCUAGAAUGAUAUGAAAAAAAAAGGAAAUGAUCGUAUGGCAUUGCAUUGCAUUGCAUUGGAAGUGCACUACCAAAACCUGCACUGCAUCUGAGCUCGGCGGUAUUUUCAACCCUCAGCUCCUUUCUCGCCGCAGUGCACGCCGGCGAGGCCUUGGGGUAAUAGAGCCUGGCUAGGUAUUCAGCAAUGUUAAUCUCGACCCCAGUAGUACAGUACAAUCCGAUCCGGUCCAUCCUAUCCCAUUUCACUUCCAUUCCCCUUAAUCCAUGCCUUUCGCCCACGGCUCAACCCUUUGAUAGGCA